GCACCGGCCGCUGUGAUCCUGGCAGCGGGCCGUGGGGCACGACUGGUGCCCUACACCGACACGUUGCCCACGGCGUUGAUCAGCAUUGCGGGGAAGCCCCUGGUGGCCCACACCCUGAAGGCGCUAAGACGCCAAGGGGUAGAGCAAUUCUACAUUUGCCGUGGCUGGCAAGGUGAGGUCUUUGAUGAACACUUGGAAGAGCUUGGCCCUGGUGUGCAGCUGAAGCUGAAUCCGCACCCAGGGGCAGGCUUUUUGAUUGACUGUCCCGACUUUAACAGCACUGGCAUGUUGGAGAGCUUACGCUUGGCCUUGCGCAUGGUGGGGCCUGGUCCGUUGUACGUCUGUGCCUGGGCUGAGCAGGCGGCGGCGGCAGUUUGGGCCAUCGCCUUAAACGCUCAAAUGCUUGAGCUUCAGCGUUUAAGCUAUGGUGACAUCAUCUUCCGUCCCUGUGUCGCCCGGCGGCUGCUGGAGGCCCCAGGAGACCUCGUGGCGGCGGUGAACGGGGCCGCUCCGGGGCGACAGAGCAAGGGCUUCGCCGAGGUGGAGUCCGUCAGCUGCGUCGGCAGCGGCGGCGACCGCUGCGUGCGCCGCAUCGGCAAGGGCCGCCGCGUGCGCGAGGCCGACGCCACGGGGGAGUUCGCUGGGCUCAUGAAGUGCACGGUGGCCGGGCGUCGGGUCAUGGAAGAGACCUUGGGGCGCCUCUUUCAGGAGGAUGCUUCUUGCACAGGGCAAGCGUGGACUUUGCCAUGGUGGCUGGAACCUGUGCAGAGGGCCAGUCUUUGUGACUUGCUCCAGCUGAUGGCGGAUGAGGGCGUGGCGAUCCAUGUGGCCAUGGGCUUCGGUGGGUGGCACGAGGUGAACACCUGCGAGGACCUCACCAGGGCCUGGAACGACACCGCGCUCUUCCUUUCGGAGGAGGACACUCGCACACAGGUGAAGGCCAUGGGCUCCUGCCUUCUCAGUGAGGCCAACGACCUCAAACGGCCGCUGCCCAUCGUGGCCAAGGAGCUGAAUGUGAGCUUGGAUUUGCUCGAGUGCCACUUGGAUGCCCACGGCUUGCUGCGGGGCGACUUGGAGGUGAGCGACGCGCUGGACGUCGUGCGCAAGAUGAGCGAGGUCUACGCCGUGCCGCUGAACGACCUCUGGUUGGACGCGGACGACACCUUGGCGGGCUGCCGAGUCUUCUCCUUCGAGCAAGCCGAAUCUUCCAGCCGUGUCUUGGACCGUCAGGACCGAUCGGGGCGACGGACGCCAUACUACGAGUACCGGGACUCCGCCAUGAGUCGCUGCAGCCAGUUCCGACCCGAAUGGAUCAAGGCGGCUCCGGGGCGGGGCGGGGCGGGAGGCCGCGCUUCCGGAGCCGAAGCGGAAACCUGGACAGAUGGCGGGGGCCGCGUGAGCCUGCCGAGGCUUCUUGGAGGCUACGAAUGCCCCACAAACCACAAGACGUGGUGGUACUUGAACGACCGUUGGCAAGGCUUUCGGGAGGAGGCGGAGGUCUUGGACGUGGUCUUGCAUUGGAGCGGCGAGCAAGCUCGUGCGCGCAAUCUCUUGGUGACGAGUGGAGAUCCUCUGGAUCCUGACAUCCAGAUGAACAAUGGGCAUUUGAUGAUGCAAACGACGCUCUUCAUCGGACCCGUGGACUUCUAUUGGAAAGACCGACAUGGCAAAGUCCAUCGUCGGGAGAUGAACACGGGGGACAGCAACUACAUUUCGCCCUUUGUGCCCCACUCCUUCACUGCCCGAAAGGAUGCACCUGAGGCCAUCAUCAUCGCUGUCACCUACGGCGGCGCCGUGCGCCGCGCCUUUACCGAGCUGAGCCGCGUGGGCGCGGCGCAGGUGGCGCGCCUCGCGGGCGACUGGCGCGACCCGACGGAAGCCCGGAAGUGUUUGUUGAAGUGCCUCGGUGCCGAUGAAUGCACGUGGGCGGUCGGCAGGGUGCAUUUCGCGCGGCGCCUGGCCGCGGAGUGCCUAAGCUUCCAGGACCUGGCGCCCAAGCUGGCAGCGCAGAACAUCCCGGCAGGCCGGGUGGAGGAGCUGUUGGAGGGUCAUGAGGCACGCUCGAAGCGUCGACGUCCAUCGAAGCGUCAAGCGGAGCCCAGCGGAGCGAGCGAGGCGGAACUGGAGGCCCUGGCUUUGGUUCUGCACGUGCGGAAGGCGGAUCUGCUCGUAAGCCCGCUGCAAGACGAGGAGGAGGUGGUAGUGACCUUCGCGGCCGACAGCUGUGCGGAGGCGCGGCGCUCCGAGAGCUACGUCUUGGCGCCCUUGGCGCGCACCAGGCACCAGCCAGACUUGAAGACCUUCGACUUGGAAGUUCUGGAGGGCGCGCGGCCUGGACACUGUCUGGGCUGUGGUCUUCAUUCCUUCAUCUAUCAUUUCGGAUCGGAGCCAGUCCAGCUCACGUGGGGCGCCGGAAGCAGUCAGAUCCUUCGACCCGGCGACUCCGCCUAUGUGGCACCGAUGGUGGAGCAUCGCUUCUCGGUGAUCCCACAGGCUCAGCAGGUUCACGGCACGAAGAAUCAGAACGGCGCGGCCUGUGGAGUUGGAAGGCACCUCCUUCUGGUGCGCAUCCCGGGACAGCUGUCCGGACUCCUCAGAAGACGGAGGGAGACCAUCAAGAAGAGACGGCGAACCGAUUCGGCCUCUGGAAGAUGA